GAACUUUUUUGGUGCCUCCCUCUAUCUUUGACAGAAAAAUAGUUGUUUUUGAAGCUAGGAGGUGAAAGUCCCGCGCUCACGAUGCAGACUCGCCUCUACACGAGUCCACCGCUGCUUGUCUCAUUUCGGAGAGACCGCUAGUAAUGUAAUACAUCCACUUGGCAGCCAGCCAUGCCGCUGUUGAGCAGACAUCGCUCACUGGCUCGUGUGGGAAGUAGAAUUGAUCUGAUCGUGGCAGAUCCGCCAAGGACAUGACGCAGGUACUGUCCCAAAAGUCUUAUGCGGGCUGGGGAAGCGUCUGCGAACACUCUGGGCGAAAAAGUUGGCUUGGGCAAGUCGCCUUUUCUUUCUGGUCUCUGCUACAAAUUUCAGUUUUAUUUGCUCUUUAUUUGCAGAAUCAACCGCAAUGCCCGACGACGCUUCCAACCCUCCUGCUGCCUCCGAGGCCAAGCCCGACCUGAAGCCCGAUGCCACCAGCGAGGACCACGUCAACCUGAAGGUUGUUGGACCGGAUGGCUCGGAGGUCAUGUUCAAGAUUAAGCGCAAGACAAAGCUGUCGAAGCUGAUGCAAGCAUACUGCAGCCGCUCGGGGCAGACGCUCGGCUCGGUGCGCUUCCUGGUGGAUGGCCAGCGCAUUACUGGCGACAACACGCCUGAAGAGCUGGACCUUGAGGACGGCGACUCGAUCGACGCCAUGAUGGAGCAGAUUGGCGGGUCUCUGUGAAUUCCGCAGCAAAAAGCGCACAUUUUUUUUUUCUUAAACACUGGUUCGGCUUUGUUGUCGAAACAUCACAUCAAUAUCAAGUAUCAUACUCAGUACUA